GUCACUUGCGCCUCUCUUUCGCCUCGGCGUGGCCGCUUGCCCCCUUUUUGCUGCCCCGUCCAUGGAGUUGCGGGCAGUUCUGUUCCUGUGCUGCUGCUGCUGAGUCAUACUAAAUUUCCCUUUUCCAGAAAAAAUGGAGGAUUCCUAGGCUGCUGUCUUGGUGGGCAGGGCCCCCAGCACCUCACCUCUGCCUUAUUUUCUGGAAAGGCGCCUUUGCUUUUCAACUGUUCUGCACCAGGCAGAGAUAAAACCGGUGGUUUUCUCUGGUAAAGAGCUAAUGGCAUCUGCUGUGGGUGCUGAACUGCUGCUGAAAGGCUGUGGGAGCCGCCUUCCCCCUUGCUCACUUACUGAGGAGGAUCUGGCUGCCAACCCAGGCUUGGCUAACCUUUUAAUGGAUCUGACUACACAUAUGGACUCCAGCGGGCUCAGUGUCAACCUGGCACAGCAAAUGGAGGAGGCACGGAAGGAAUUACAGCGAUGCCGAGCAAACUGGCUGAAGUGGGAAGUGAUACAUCGGCUUCUUCAGGAGGCUCUAAGGGAAUUGGGAACCGGUCCUGCCCCACAGGAUAGAAAAUUCUUGGAGGUCCUGGAGAAGCAACUUUUGAUAGCUGAGCUGAAACAAAUCCUACAUCCUGAUCCUUCUAUACGAGGCACAGAGUCAUCACUCUUGGGUUUGGAAUCCUCCCAUGUAUUGGAGCUUCUCCCCCCUAAGCAAGACCUGGAACAAAUGCAAAAGCGCCUCCCCACAGAAUUGGAGAAACGGCUUAAGUCCAAAUGCUUGGCUGUGCUUGGUUACUAUCGCCCUGAGACUGAUGGUGCUGGUGAGUCUGCUCGGGCAGUUAUGUCUGGGACACUGGCAGAAAAUUUGGCUGCGGAGAAGCAACGCCUAAAAGAGGCACAGUCUCGCAGCCAAGAGCUUGUGGGAUUGUUGGAGCAGCAGAAAGCUGCCUAUCCCCAGGUUUUGUUACGCUGCUUAGCCAUACUGAAAAGCCUGGCCUGUGAAUUUCGCCUUGGUGCCCAAUCUGAACUUGACCAGCUCAACACCCGAUACUUGGAGACAAAGUGCAACGCCAUGUUCCUCAAAAUACGGCUUGAGGAACUGAGCAUCCUUUUGGAAACCUACACACCUGAGAAAGUGGAUGUCCAUCGGAUGAUGAGGGAUAAGUUGAAAGCAACAUUAAGCCAAGAAGAGCAAGAUUUAGCCACUUCACGCAAGAUCCUUUCCAACUACGAAACGCUGGGUCCCGAGUUUGAGGAAUUAGUGAAGGAAUAUGCCCAACUGAAAGCCAUAAUUGAGAACAGGCGAUGGGUGCUGGCAGAGUUCAGUAAAGACUGAGACUGCACUGACAUGUAGCUGAGCCUUGGACUGAGUGCUGCAUUGUUGAACACUGACCAAUAACAGAUACACUAUGUAAAAACAAAACAAAACAUGAAGGGAAAAACA